CCUCAUCGCCCUCAUCUCAAAACGAUUACUACCUUGCCUUUGACUUUCAUGGACGCCAGCACUGCAGCGAGAUUUGAAGAGCUAUACAAAAGGGCACUUGAUGGGGAGAUAGACGAUCUCCGUCCCCUCACGCAUUUCCUGGAACGCGAGGAUACACCUAAUCUCGACACAGACCAAUCCCAUGCCAUACUUAACCUUCUCAAUGUUCGCUUUCGCAAGUACGAUCAUAAGGACUUCUGCGAUGGCGCGGGGGUUGACUUGGCAUGGGAUGCCUCGGCCUGGAUCACUAAAUUUAUACAAUCCAAUCCCGAAGGAGUCACCGACCAUGGCCGGGGACUUUCCGAACUAUGGGAUAGCGCCUGGUCAUUUAUCUAUGGAUCCAUACAGCCUUUGAUAGCAGGUGACCUUCUCCAGCCUCAGCAUGAGCGCGAAGAAGAAGACUUCAUGCUGGGAGCUAUGGCUGGCUUGCUCUUGCAGCUGAACGAUGACCCGUCCACUUGGCCUCGGAUGAUCCAGACGAGAGGAUUUAUCCCCACUGUCGUAUUCCUAUGGGUCGCCGAAAUCAGAGGGGCAGCGGAGCAGAACGACGCGUACAGCUUUCGUAUCACUCUGCUACUCCGAGGUCUGCUGACGGACAUGACAAAUGACGUCCUCCAAAAUUUUGUGCAGCAGUUCCAAGAAUACUCCCCCCUGAUUGCGAGGGCUGUCACCCCUUAUCUGCAUCUCGCCUGCGUGCACGACUACCUCAUUGAGGACUAUAUGCCCCUCAUUAUCGACAUGAUGAGUGACUUGUCGUUUAUGAAUCACGGAUUUUACAGGGCCUUCGUCGCCUCUGGAUCAGUCACUGCUGGCACCAAACUCCUAUUCAGAUUAGCAUUCUCGCUUCCUCGGCAACCCGAUGCUGCGCGAGACGAGUGUUAUGACAUGACUUUGAAGGCGAUCCUGUCCUUCCUCUACACUGUAAUAGCCUCGGACUCUGCCCUCGGUCCGGUCGCGCUUGCAGAGGCUUGCAACGCGGGUCUACUUCAAGCACUUCUCCAGUGCGACCCCGAAGUGCCAAAUUCGGGAUAUGCGGACUAUUAUCACCUCCUAGAGAAGGUCCUCCCCAGUUACGCAGUCGAUUCCGGCGUUCUGCAUCUCCUGAACGAGUGCAUCUCGUCCGUACAACGGUGGUCGGGAUGUCCUGAAGUGAUGGCCCGCCUUUCCCCUGGGAUGUCUAUUGCCUGGAAAAACUUCACGGACGCUAUCCGUGAUGCUCAGAUUGCCAGCGCUGCUGGUGGUUCCACCCCGGGCUCUGCGCCAGUUCCAUAA